AACAAAAUUUCUUAAAGGAAAAAAUGUCAGGUGGAGUUGGUCCAUGUAGUGACAUUCUUAAAGAUGAAAACUCUGAACAAAUCACGAACAAUUCCCAGAAAAAACCACAACAACAACAAAACAGAGGAUUUUUCACUUUUGGACAGCUUAACGUCCUCGCCAUCAUAAUCAUCUUUUCUUCUAGUGGCAUGGUUAGUAUUGAAGAUUUCUCUUUUGUCUUAUUCUCCCUAAUUUACAUCUACUUCAUCUCCAAAAUUGCCUUUCCCCCAAUUUCUCCUAAAACAGAGCAGCUGCCUGUUUUCGGCGAAAAAAACAGUGUAUUAAAUCUUUACGUCUCAAUUGGAGCUCUGGUUGGAUUAUUCCUCCCAAUACUUUAUAUUUUCGAAGGAAUUUAUGAGGGCGAUAAAGAAGGUAUCAAAGCAGCAGCCCCACAUGUUUUCUUGCUGGCUAGUCAAGUUUUCAUGGAAGGAUUGACGUUUACUGGUCAAUUUUCGCUGCCUAUAAGAGUUUUUGUUCCAGUUUUUUACAAUUCGAGGAGGAUUUUUACGAUUAUGGAGUGGUUGAAGACUGAAAUAUCGAAAGUGGAUGAAGAAUAUGGAGGAAAUGUGAGGAGGGUGUAUAUGGGUAGAGGAUUGGCUGCUGCUAAUAUGGUGUUUUGGUGUUUUAAUUUGUUCUGUUUUUUGUUGCCUGUGUAUCUUCCUAAGGCCUUUAAGAUAUACUACUGUGGCCGCAAAUCAAAAGAUUGAUUAAUGUAUAAUUUUUUGCUUUCAUCUUG